UGAAUAGUUUGUGUGUAGGAGACGGGAAUUCUGAAAGCUUCUCCUCCUUAAAUCUCCUAUUAACACUCUACAGUGCCAAAUUUUGGAAAUGCGAAAAAGGACUGAAGGAUGCGUUGGGAAAAUCUCUUUCUCUUUUACCUCGGCUUGAAUUGCGUGAUGACCUUUUCGUUUGCCGUUGACCAGUGCAGAUCAGAAGUUAACGAACAAGAAAUGGCUCUUGAGGGAUUUGUCUUCAAAAAGAUUUUAGUUCCAGCCCCUUUCAUGUGCGAUGUUGAAUGCGAAAAAGAAAUCACUUGUCAGAGCUAUAAUUACAUUGUGAAAGAAAACAUUUGUGAGCUGAAUAACCGUACGAAGGAAGCAAGGCCCGAGAAUUUUCGCCGAGACCCUUCAAGGUUUUAUAUCAGACGUUUGGCAGGAAGAGUUCCUCUGGGAUCUAUUCCCGAGCUACCAGCGCAGUCUUGCCAUGAAAUUAGAGCGAGUGAAGGAAGAGAAACUAAAGGAAAUAAAUACUGGAUCGACCAGGCUGGAAAUGGUACAGCAAGAUUAGGUUCCUGUGAAGAGAGUAUGAGAGCUUGGUACAACUUCACAACGCUGGGUGCCACAAAAAGACAUGGCCCAGACAACAGUACUGGUUACAGAGGAACUGGGUGCGAAGGUGUGCAAGUGAAAGGUGGAAAACAAGAAUGGACUGUACCAUUUACUGGGCGAUUCCACCUGGAGGCAUGCGGAGCUUCUGGUGGGAGGGGUUUAAGUAGCGCUGGAGGCAAGGGGGCUAAAAUUAAUGGCACUGUCAGGUUGGAAAAAGGAGUCAAACUUGUUAUACUUGUUGGACAAAGAGGCUCGUCGCGAGGGAGUGGUCACUCAGGGAGUGGAGGUGGGGGAACCUUUGUUCUUUAUUCUCCUCGGAUGAGGCCUCUUCUCGUUGCUGGUGGGGGAGGGGGUGGUGGAUCCCAAAAUGGUCAUCCUGGUAACGAUCAAGUCGAUGGAAGCGGUAACGGUGCAGGCAGUAAUGGGGAGGGCGGCCUUCUUUGUGGAGAUCCUGCACUAGCAAUGCAUCCCGAUUCUGGAUCUGGAGCAGGUAUUAACGGAAGUGGAGGAUGCUUUAAAUCUGCCAGUGUUCAGUCAGGACAACUAUGUAUGAAGACAGACUGUGAAAAAGGAGGGAAAUCUUUCAUUGUUGGAGGAGAAGGUGGUAAGGCGGAUUCAGCUGAUUGCCAUGGUGGUUUCGGUGGUGGAGGAGCUUGCGACGGUGAUGGUUACCCUGGUGGAGGGGGUGGAUAUUCUGGUGGUGGAGUCGAUUCUAGCGAAGGUUGGUCAGCGGGAGGUGGUGGAGGGUCCUUUGUGGAAAACCCAACUUGGAUUAUUAUAAAAGGAGGCUGCGAUGAGGGGGAUGGGUAUGUUUCCUUCACUAGAGAUAAUUGAAUCAAAAAAGGACGUAUUACUCUGCUUCAGCAUCAACUCGGCUUUUUUAAGUUGCUAUUCUAAGCAAAAUUAUCGCUUUUGGCUUUUUGACUUUGGUUGACUUCAAAUUAUCGUUUAAAUUUGUUUUCGUUUAAUUGUAUUGAGAUGCUGUAAUGACGCUCGCAACAGUCUUUACCAGUGCACAAUUACUUUUUAAAACAGUUGAUAGUUGGCGUCAAAUUAACAAAUUUUAACUGUUGGUCGAAGGAAAAGGUAACCGUAAAAAAUUUUAUUCGUACGAAACAGAAAGUAAUUUACCGUUAGCCGUAAAAUAGCCAGAAUUUUAAAUGAGUGUUAGCCGUAAAAGCCAUUACCCCAUUGAUACC